AUCUCAUAACUCCGCGCCACUCAGCGCGAAGUCACUCGUAUCUAUGGUAGUGGCCGAGAAUAACUGUUUUUUAAUUACGUAUACGGUGUAAAUAAGUCAAAGGAAUACGUUCAUAAAACAAACACUAAUGAUUGAUAACGCUCAAUAUUGAAUAUAUACAUUAUAUUUCAAUAUAAGCUAAUAUUAUUUUAUUAUAUUAUUUUAAUAAAAAUAUUUUAUUACCAAUUUUUUCGUAAUUAUCGUGGUUUUUUUUAUAACAUAUCUUGGUGAAUAUUUUACUAAGUGAAAAUAAUACAUGGGAAAAUGAGUGAAAUACGACAGAGAAAGAAGUACAUCACUAUCCAGACUGACAUCAAUAGCUUUUACAAGUGGCUAAGUGGCAAGUGCUGUCACGAUUUGUUUUUCGAGUAUUGACAGUAUUGUGAUUAUUUAUAUUGCCAUGAACGCGAAGUUAUGAACUAAAAUAUUGCUGUUUUACUUUAAGAUGCACAAAUAAUAUACUUAAUAGUUAAGGUUGUGAUGUACAUUUUAACCCGAUAUGGGAAAAUUCAAUACCUACAGGUAUUUAGAGUUAAAAGAUGAUACCUCAGCGUCACAUAUCAACAUAAGGGCUAGAACCUUAAAGCAACCGAGAAGAUUAAAGAAAAUAUUUAUUUUCCUCCUAGUACUAGCCCUAUGUGUUACAUAUUUUUUGGGACUGUUCGCGGGGCAGGCGCAAUGGUUCGAUGGCCUAGCGAAGAGUCUUGGCUACGAGAGUGUCUAUCACCACGCGGUGAUCAUAGACGCAGGGUCUUCAGGGACCAGAGUACUGGCUUAUAGGUUUAGAGUACCAUUUACAGUAUUCGGACAACCAAAUUUGGACCUAGUGGAUGAAUUUUGGGAAGAGACAAAGCCGGGUCUAUCGUCCUACGUCGAUGACCCAGAAAAGGGCGCGGACACCAUCGUGCAGCUGGUGCGGCAGGCGGCGCACCUGGUGCCGGCCGAGCGGCGCCGCGACACGCCGCUCAUCGUGCGCGCCACGGCCGGCCUGCGCCUGCUGUCCCCGCAGAAGGCGCAGAUGCUCAUCGACGAAGUCUCCAAGGCUAUAUCCAAAUUGGGCUACCACGUUGAUAAAAAUAGUGUAGAAAUCAUGGACGGUUCUGACGAGGGAAUAUUCAUUUGGUAUACAGUCAACUUAUUGCAUAACCUGAUCGGGAGCGGGACGAUGGCGGCGCUGGACCUGGGCGGCGGCUCCACGCAGAUCACGUUCGAGCCGCGCGAAGAGGACCGGAAGCUGUUCCCCCCCGCCGACCUGUACGUCGUGCCGGCCGGCGCCACCAACGUCACUCUCUACACGCACAGUUACUUGAAGCUGGGUCUGCUGGCGGCCCGGUACGGCAUCUUCCGGCUCGAGGCCAACGACAACGACACGAACGAGUUCGUCUCGGUGUGCGUCGACCCCAUCGUGCAGAGGGAGAAGUGGACGUACGCGAACAGGCAGUACAUUAUCAGCGGCGCGGCGCGAGCGGACGGUGCCAAGCGCGAGGCGGUGUACGCGCGCUGCCACGGCGCGGCGCGGCGCUACGUGGCGCGCACGGCGGGCGCGGCGCCGCCGCUGCCGCCGCACGGCGCCGUGGCCGCCAUGAGCUACUUCUACGACGUGGCGGCCGACGCCGGCCUCAUCGACGUGAUGCGCGGCGGCGCGGUGUCGGCGGCGCAGUACCGCGCGGCGGCGCUGCGCGCGUGCUCGGCGUCCAACGUGGAGCAGCCGUGGGCGUGCGUGGACCUGGUGUACGUGCACACGCUGCUGCAGGACGUCUUCAAGAUCCGCGACGCCGAGCCCGUGUCGUUGUUCAAGAAAGUGAACGGCCACGAGGUGUCGUGGGCGCUGGGCCUCGCGUACACGUCGAUCAUGAACAAGAUGGCGAGCGCGCCGGAGGCGUAGCCGUCGGCCGACGCUCGUUAGUAUUUUCGUCUUAAAUGAAACGUUCACACAAUAUUUUGCUACUUGAAAUUUUAUAUAAGCUCAUUGCAGAUUUCUUGUUUCGUAAAACUUCGUUGAAAACGUAAUCGGGAAUUUUAUUUCGAGGUAUAUGUUUUCGUCUGGCGGCCAUCUCAUUUUGUUCAGCAAUUUUGGGCGGUAUAAUUAAGACGAUAUUAGCGUAAUUAUUUUGUUCCAGUUAAAUUUAUAUAAAUUUUUCUCGUUGUAUUAUAAGUAUUAAGCAGUUUGUAAAUUUUAUCUGUGCCUCUAUAAAAUAAAGUUUUUUUUUUUUAAAUUAUGGCAGAUAAAACAGAUUAUAUAUGAAAGUUGCUACGAACAAUAAGAAAUAAAAAGUUAAAAGCAAUAAGAUAACUGUAGUUUACAAGUUUUGAGAAAUUUCAAAUUUGUACUCGAAUAUAAAAAAUACUUAUGAUUUCGACGUAAUAAAACUUUAUACAUUUCAAUUUGUAUCGCAGAAAAUUUGUAUACAAUAUUUUUAUUACAUACGUAUAUUAUUAAUUUCACAACUAAACUAAAAUCUAGUAUAAUUAAAUAAAUGGUGAAUAUCGAUUUCAAAUGACAGUAUAAAAUUAAAAAAAACUUUUUAUAAAAAAUCGAUUACGAACGCCAAUUAUUCGAAUGAUUUAUCUAUGAUUUAUCGAUAUUCGAGAUGAAUACCACUAUGGUGCCUGAAUCGACAGUGAGACAGUAGCUUAAAAUAAUAAUUUACCAUACAACUAUAUUUUAUUUCUAAUUAUACAAAUACAAUUCCUAAAGACGUUUAUUUUCAGCUGCGGUUGUGUAUCAAUGUGAUUGUUUAUUUAUAUUACGUUCCUGAUAUAUUCAAUAAAUUCAUAAUUAAUAUAUCAAUAAUGAAGUCUGGUAUUGACAUUCAGAUAACGAUAAUCGUAAUUUAACUUAAUUCAUUUUUGUAAAUCUUAUACAGAUCUAUUGUCGAAUAUAAUAUCAAUGAAUGAUAAUUAUUUUUACUUUUAUAUUAUGAAUAUAUAAUGAAUAUCACGUCGCAUCUAACUUGAUUUCGUAUAUAAUGACGUAAUAACAGUUUCCUAAUAAGAUAUGUAUAUAUUUUUUAAAAUGAUUCAUUAAACUUCGACUGAUAAAACUCACAGCAUGAUAUAAGUCUGUUUUUUUAUAAAAUUCUUCCAUAACAUUACACUUAUUGAUAUCGCGUGUUGCAAUGGCAACAUUUAUCUACCUUCCGAAUUAAAUAAGUUUUAUUACAAUCCUUUUUAUAAAAAAAAAAACAAAACAAAAAGAAAACAAUGUAUGAAAAUUUUAGAAGUUGACAUAUUAAUAUUUUAUACGUACAAAGAUUCAUUUGUUUGUUAUUUCAAUCUCGCAAUAACAAGUGUGUGAGUGAGACAAACAUACAUGAAUAGUAAAUGAAAGAACGGGAGAGCAUGAUGAUAUAUCAAAUAUAGUUUUAAUUACAGGAUCAAAAAGUUAUAUUGUCUAUUUGAGUUUUUUUGCAUUACGUAGCUCAGAAUAUAGAUACGUAUUAUAUAUUUAUUGUAUUACUAUGGGGUAUUUACUUUGAAUGUAUUUAGAUAGAAAAAUUCGUGUUAUUCUAUAUAAUAUACAUAUAUGUAUAUAUUUAUGUAGUUAUAAAUAUUAAGUUUGGUCUAUAAUGUUUAUGUAUUAUAUUACGAAUUGCUGGUUUAAGGCUCGGUCUUGACCUUCUAAUCGAUUAAAUAAUCUGUGAAUCGUCUAGACUUUUGAACUGACUUAUUGGACAUUUAAUUUCACAUAUAAAACAGUUGUUGUUUUUAAAGCAAUAAAUUACUAAAAUAAUUCUAAUACAACACUUGACACGUCAAAUUAAAAAAAAAAAAAAUUUUACAGAUUAAUAUGUAAUAAUAUAAUUUUUUAAUUUAAAUUCAAUACUUUAUCAGUUGAAAAUCGAUGCAUUUAAGCAAUUAUUAGUAGUUGAAUAAUUUUAUUAUUUUUAAAUUAGUACACCGUGUUUAUGUAGUCAAAUGGAAAAGUGGUGGACUUAAGAUAUUUAAAACAAAAAGCGAAUAUUUAAAAUACUGACGGAUUAGUGAAUUACAUGAAACAUUAAAUGUCGGACAUUCGACCACUAACAAGAAUUAUUAAAAAAAUAUAUUAAAGUGUUGCCAUUGUAAAAUCAAUAGUCCGCUUUUAUAAUAAUUGUGUUAAGCUAGUUAAGAUCAAGUGUAAAAUAUUUUUUAAAACAAGUUUUUUUUUAUUAAAAGCAGUAAAAUAUUGAAUAUUGAAGUAUAUUAUUAUAUGCAACUUAAGUGUGUGCCUCAAAGAUUUGACCCGCACUUCCAUACAUAUAUAUAUUCACACACACAUGCAGGUGAAGGUAAAAAAAAAUCUUUUAAAACGGCGGAACCUACUCAAUUUGGUUGUAUUCUUGUAUAUUGUUUGUAAAAUAAAUGUACACGUUGUUUUAAAAAAUAAAUGAUAUGAUAACGAAUUGUUAUUAAAAUAUUUUAUGACAUUUAUUAUAUCUUUCAAUUUUGGACGCAUUAUAUAAGAAUUUUUGCAUUCGCUUUCAUUGCACCGUCUAUGUAUUGUAAAUGUAUUUAGUGAAUUGGUGUUAAUGUGAAUUGUACAAAAUUUAAUAAAUGUUGGAUUUUAAA